AUGAGAGUGCAACUUCUGAGCGCACAUAAUUGCUGCUCACGCUCAGUUCACAACUCAGCAGUUUGGGAACCUUCGGUGUCACGAUGCCUGCCUCUGAUUCCUACUCAGCGUCGAUACCAAUGGACCAAGACCAGUCCUCCUGCUCGGCUGACUGCUCUCCUUGACAAGACAACUCCCAAUCCUGUGACUUUGUACUAUGACCCAACUUCGAGACAGCCUCCAAUUUCUCUCAGUCGCCUCCCAGCGAACGUCCAACGCAACAUAGAUCGUGAUCUGUCAAGCACGCAACCAGCACCUCUCAGUACUCCUCCACCUCUCAACGGAAACGACUACGAUGACGGCAAGAUUCCGUUGACUGAUAGAGCAAAACGCCUCUUCAGAGUUGGGAAAGCAUACCUGCAGUUUUACAAGACUGGUCUUAAAAACAUAUGGCGCAACUACAAUGAGAUGAAAGCAAUUCGGACCAGACUGGGGACAAGUGACUUUGAGGAUUUGAUCAAGUAUGGCACAACCCACGCUCGGUUGAUGGCAAACGGUGGGGAUGAACAGGAACAGCGCCUUAGGGGAGGCGGAUCAGGCAGUGACUCAAAACCUCCACUGACAAGACGGGAAUAUCAAUUGGUCCUCCGCACACGGCAUGACUUGUUCAAACUCGUCCCCUUCUCCUUAAUUUUCGCCAUCUGCGGCGAAUUCACUCCACUUGUAAUUCUAGCUACGGGAUCCGCGGUGGUGCCGUUUCCGUGUCGAAUUCCACAACAAGAACAGCAGGAUUUCUUGAGGCCUGCGAAGAUCCAACCAGCCGUGCAGAGAGCUCUCGACCGUCUCUCCGAACCAACUCCAUCCCCACCUGAUAACACAUAUACUCUACAAAGUGAUCUGAGAUGGAAUUGGCGACAGGAGUUUAUUUACGCCCACCGUUUGCACCUGAACCCAUUCCUCACGCCGGUCUCAUUACUAGGGAUGCUAUGGCACAGAAUCUACGCUCUCCCUCGUUUAAGGAGACACUGCUCCCAUAUCCUCUGCGACACCAUCCUCAUCCAGCGAGAAGGCGGGUUCGCCAAACUUUCGCCCCGCGAGGUCUUCAUGUGGAGUCUCAACUAUGGCCUGCAUACCUUGACGGAGUAUAUAGAAGACAGAAAGAGGCGAGGUUUGUCGAUCGACCCGGAUUCAGACGAGUUGAAAAACGUCUUGUCUCCGAUCGUUGAAGCCGAGGCUGAGUAUUUGCUCGCCGUGGACUGGUCGCGAGUCCGGCCGGAGGAUCACUGGCGCGCGGUGUUCAGACCGGUCAGGAGCAUAACGCCUGAUGAUCGGCACGUUACGCGUUGA